UUAAGUUUGGAUUGGAUUCAUGUUUAUUCUCAAAAAUGGGGUGACAGUUAAGGGUUUAAGUAAAAUUACCUGUUCUUCCUUAUGAAUAAUAAGCCAAAUGGCUUUGUGCCGCAGGAAGUGCUCAGGACCAGGAAAGAGAUCUCGGAUGUCAUCCCAUGAGAGAGUUGGUAAAAUGUCUUCCCCAAUGUUAGCAGCUAGAACACAUGUAAAUAUGUUAGCAUAGCACAGGUGCAUUAUACUUUGUAUGCAUAACUUUUUCAGAUAUUGUGAAAAUGCAUUCACUUGAUUAUAGCUAUUUAAUAACAGUUUACCCAAAUAGAGAAAUUUCUGCUUUAUAACAUGGUCCUAACAUGGCAGAAAUAUUAAAGCUAUGAAAUGGCUGAAUGAAGUGAAAUAAACAGGCAAUAAUGAUAAAAGAUUCUUAACACUUGACAAAAAUUGUAUUUUUGUUAGCAUCAGUAAAUGCAUUAGGUAUUAUAAAAAAGCAAUAAACAGUUUUAGAGCAUUUAAAAGUAUUGGUAAAUGGUAGUACAAAUGUUCAUUGUAUGUUCAUUAUGAAAUAACUAAUGUUGUGGUAUGCACAUUUAAAUAAAUAAUGUAUUAGUCCAUGUAACACAAGGAUCAAUAAGUGCUGCAAAACAAAUGUUGUAAAACGGUUGACUAAUGUCACUGAAUACAAAUUUAUUAUAAAGUGUUAACGAUAAAACAACAAAAGUGAUAGUUUAAUUGAAUUUGCCUCAGGGUGACGUCACAAAAAAAUUGAGGUCAUAUUUGGAUAUAAGCUGCUUUUAAUAAAUUAAGUAUUACUUAAUUUGUACUAACUAGUACAGCUAACGAGAUAGAAAGCAAAACGGAACAGGCUGAAAUUUCAGACAAAAGAUUACUGAAUAUCUCAAGAAAAAGACUGAAUGAUCAGCUAAUUUCAUUCAGUUACAGGAGCGUUGUUUCCGGUAGGAAUCAUUUUAGAUUACAAUUCAAUUUCAAAUACACAGAAUGACCAAUAGAAUUAACAGAUUUUUUAACAAUUUUUUUUUUUAUAAAUUACUAACCUUUUAGAGUAGAAAUCGCAACUUCAUCGAGUCCGUCCAUCGUGAGAAACUGGCGGGAGGAAGUGCCUUCGUUUCCUUGCUGUGCGUUGGCGCGCUGAUUGCGCAUGCGUAUUACAAAACGUUAAUACGUCACAGGAUCAACGCACUGUUGCGCAUGCACGCUCGCGCGUUUUUCUCAUUUCCUGUGUUGUACGUUUUUAACUUGGCACAUUAAGAAGGUUAUAGUAGUUAUUCUGGCUUUAACGUAGUUAAUUGGUUGCAGUUGAAAGAUACAUUUGACAUCAAUUUUAAACUCAACAUCUCUUCUGUUUUAUUUGAGGUAGCAACGAAAGCUUGCUUUGAUUUUACCGGAGAAAAUGAUUUGGUGCUGCAUCAUUUGUUAUGUGUUUGUGGCUCUUACUCUCAAAUCUUUAUUGAGUCACAUCAAUUUUGCACAUAGUCGUAGUCCAGAUUUCCGCCUGGUUUGUGGAAUAGAUGGGUGUACUAAAGAGUACCGAGUCUACAACUCUUUUUGGUAUCACAUCAGACGAACACACUCACAAUAUCUAGACGGCGUGAGUAGCAGCAGAUCACAUCGGAGAUAGAGAUCAGCACAACACGAGGCAUCCGGUGAACCUAGAAGAACGGACAGCAACAACUUGUGGACAUAUAGUGGACCAACACUGGUGGCUCAGGAUACUCGGAACUCAAGUGACAGUCCGGAUAAUGAAACGACAAUGGAGAAUAAUGUGGAUUUUCAAACCUCUCUUCUUGUUCCUGUGGAACAUUUUGGUGAUUUUGAUGCUUUUGACACUGGUGAAACAGUUUUCUCUGGCUUAAGCAGUAACACCGUUUUGCGGUCUCCUCCGAACCUGGAAGCACAGGAUGUACUACUAAAUGAAACUUCAGAUACGAAUCCCACUCUACCUAUUCCAAACAGGCCUUCAGAUGACUCAAGUUCUCCAUGCCUCCCCCAAGAAACCAUGAAUGACGAAUUAUCAAGUGAUGGUGUGCUAUCCAGACAUGCCACUGCUAAUGUGAUGGCUGCUAGAGAGAAACAUCAUCUCUCACAGAGUGGUGUGAAUGAGGCUGCGGUUCAGGAGUAUCAAGCUCAGUUACUGAACAGCUUGAGGAGUCAGCUACAAACAGUAUUCAACAGACAUGCAGGAAGUGAACUUCAACGAGAAGCUUUGGGACUCUUUGACUCCUUUAAAGAUCCAUUUGCUGCAGUUUCAACUUCCUAUAGACAGGACAGUGUCAUAAAAGAAAAAUUCAAUUUUGUGGAAGCAGAAGAGGUUUCAGGCGGAUUAGCAGUAUGUCAUCAGAAAAGAAAAAAACAAAGAGACCUCGCAAUAAAAAACAAAUGUUUCCAUUAUAUACCCCUGAUAAAGAGUUUAGAACAAUUAAUGUCUCAUCCAAAAAUCUUUGCCAUGAUAAAUGGUGAUUCUCAGAAAUGCAGCAGUGGAUAUUUUUAUGACAUCAUAGAUGGCGAACUAAAGCUUUCACACCCUUUAUUUUCUUCUAGACCCUCUGCUUUACAGAUAAUCUUUUAUUCGGAUGAAAUCAAAAUUUGCAAUCUACUUGGGUCUCAUGCUUCAAAGAAUAAGUUGCUCAUGUUUUCCCACACUUUGGGAAACAUUAAUCCAAAGUACAGGUCAAAAUUAGCUUCAAUCCGCCUUCUUGCUAUUGCAAAGCAAAGUGAACUCUCAGAAUGUGGAGUUGAUGCCAUAUUGGCAAGAUUGCAUGAGGACUUGGUAAAGCUAUAUAAUGGCGUGAAGAUUCAUCCUCCAUGUGGUGAACAUGAGAUAUAUGGAGCAGUGGUUUCCGUAUGUGGAGAUACUUUAGCUCAACAUGAGUUAUGUGGAUUUAAAGAGGUUAUGGGCUUUGCAUACAGUAAAUGCCGACAUUGUGAAUGUUCUUUUGAGGACAUGCAAAUGUUUUUUAAUGAAGAAAACUUUGAGCAAAGAACACUGGAAAGACAUAUUCGACAGUGCAGUGACAUUGAGAAAGCCAGUACUGAAUAUCUCAGGAACAGCCUUAAAACUACAUAUGGAAUAAACCAAAGGAGCAAAGUAAUGGAUUUCCCUGCCUUCAAUUUAAUUCAACAAACUCCUCAAGAUAUAAUGCAUGUAAUUCUUGAGGGCAUUGCUCCCUUGGAAAUUAAUUGUAUGCUGAAACAAUUGGUUCUUUUGGGACAACUGGACCUUGAUGCUUUCAAUGCUGAUAUCAUUGGAUUCCCAUACUCUCCAAAAGAUACUAGAGAUAGGCCUAGCCCUAUUGCGUACAGUACAUUAGCUUCCAGUGACAAAAAACUGAAGCAGUCAUCAGGUCAAAUGCUUGUUUUGCUCAAAAUAGUGCCCUUUCUAUUGGAUGUGAUUGAAGGUACUGCAUAUUUUUCCUUCAUUCUUGAGCUUCUGGAGAUUGUUAAAAUUUUGUUUUCACCUGUUUUUAGCCUUGAGACUACUGACAAGUUGAAAGUACUUAUUGAACAGCAUCUUAAACAUUUUAAGGACCUUUUCUCAGAGAACAACAUUACACCUAAACAGCAUUACUUGAUUCAUGUUCCAUCCCAGAUUAAACUGUUGGGACCAGUGCUCCGUCACAUGUGCAUGAGGUUCGAAUCCAAACAUUGUUUUUUUUAAAAGAUGGGUUUCAAAGUAAAUUUCAAAAAUGUCUGUAAGUCCUUAAUUAAGCAUAACCAAAUGUUUGAAUGCUGUCAGAAUGUAAACAGUUCCAACCACCCGAUUUUUGCCAGUGAAUGUGUAUUGGGACCAGUAUCAGAAGUAAAAAACAUGCCGUAUUUAAAAGGAAAAGUAAGGGACUACUUUGGAGUUAAUCAGAUAAACCAUGCAGUGUCUGUUAAGUGGAUUACUUUAAAUGGAAACAAAUACAUAAGUGAAAAAACAUUACUAGUGUGUAUGGCAAAUGGUAGUAGUCUACCGGAAUUUGGACUUGUGAGGAACAUAUUCAUCAUAAAUUCAUCUUUGUAUUGUUUUAAAUGUCAGAUGUACAGUACAGUCUGUUUUGACAGAGACUACAUGUCUUAUAAAAUUGAGCUUCCCAACCUGGCAGAGGCAACUGAACUAGUUAAUGCAGACAGCCUUGUAGACUUCACACCGUAUUACAGUUUAAGUAACAGGGACAUUACAUACAUCCCUGUGAAAUAUUACCUCGGAGAUGUGAUUGAAUUACAUAAAGCCUCAAGUGUGUGAGAAUUUAUGGGUGUGUUCUAAAUUGAAUACGUUUUGACUUAUUUUGGAUGUAUAACAAUUUCAAACAAAAGAAGUCUUUAAUUUACCAUUGGGAUAUUUUGUAAUAAUCUGUGUUCAAUACAAGUUGAGCUCAUUGACAACAAUGUUGAUCAAACCCCUUUUUUGAGAAGAAAAAAAGUUGUCAAUUAUGUUUGUGCUCAUCAACAAAAGCUUGCUAAUGAGCUCACCUAGAGUAUUCCUUAGACAAACUUUGAUACUCAUGUUAAGUGUUGUUUGCUUUGACAGCCCCAGGGAUAAAUAAAUCUGUGUUACUUUGUAAAUGUGAUUGUUCUCCAUACAAUAAAUUCAUUGUUGUAUGUUUGUUGAUGAUAUGAUAUAUAGUAAAUCAGAUUUAAACCACUUUU